AUGUCGAAACCGCCAAGGUCAAUUCCUAAGUCCUGGACAUCCACCCUCAAACUCCCCAAAUCGGCCUUCCCUCCGCGCGUAUCGCCGGCCGACCAGAAGAAAUACCUAAAACGAUGCACCGAUGAGCUGUACGCCUGGCAGCUAAAAGAGCGACCCGCCAACCAACCCUUUGUCCUCCACGAUGGCCCGCCCUACGCGAAUGGUGAAUUGCACAUCGGUCAUGCACUCAACAAAAUUCUGAAGGAUAUCAUCUGUCGUUUCCAAUUGGGAAAAGGCAAGCGCGUGCGCUAUGUUCCGGGAUGGGAUUGUCACGGCCUGCCCAUUGAGCUGAAGGCGUUGCAAGGCUUGCGGGAGAUCGGUGUGGCGGACAAGUCGGUUAGCCCGGCGGUCAUCCGCAAGUCAGCGCGACAGCUAGCGAGGCAGACGGUCAAGGAGCAGAUGAAGGGAUUCCGCGGGUUCGGAGUCAUGGCUGAUUGGGAUAAUCACUGGAAGACGUUGGACAAGUCGUUUGAGAUGCGACAGCUGGGCAUCUUUCGGGAGAUGGUAGACCGAGGUCUCAUCUAUAGGAGAUUCAAGCCGGUGUACUGGUCGCCCUCUACAGGGACGGCAUUGGCUGAGGCCGAGUUGGAAUACAAGGAGGAUCACGUCUCCACCGCUGCUCUCGUCAAGUUUCCCCUGGUUGAUACCCCGGAACAUCUUACAAAGGACCCGUUACUUAAAUCACAGGAUGUGAGCGCAGUAAUCUGGACCACCACGCCAUGGACUUUGCCUGCCAACGCUGCCAUUGCCGUCAGCGAGGGAUUGGAGUACACCAUUGUCGAUUCGGAAACGCACGGUCUUCUUCUUGUGGCCCAGUCGCGAGUUGAAUAUCUUGAGCAUAUGUUAAAAGAGGAAUUGGAUAUCAUUGUACCAUCGAUUCUUGGGUCGGAACUAGCGGAGAAGACUACCUAUCGAGCUUUGUUUAAGGGCCCGGAUGCUGCACCCCAGCCGAUUAUCGGUGCGCCUUUCGUCACCGCGGAUUCUGGAUCUGGAUUGGUUCACUGUGCACCUGGUCAUGGAAUGGAUGACUACGAGGCCUGUCUUGCUCGUGGCAUUGAGGUUUUUGCACCGGUCAACGAUGACGGGAAAUUCACAGAAAAAGCCAUGCCCCAUGAUCCUGCUCGCUUGACUGGAAAGGAUGUUCUCGGAGAAGGCAAUGAUGCUGUUCUAGAAUAUGCCCAAUCGCGAGGCCAACUCCUUGCUCAGCACCGUUACGAUCACAAGUACCCCUAUGAUUGGCGUUCAAAGCAGCCGAUUAUCAUCCGAGCGACUGAACAAUGGUUCGCCGAUGUUGCCGACAUCCGUAGCAGUGCACUCAAAGCGCUCGAGGAUGUUCGAUUCGUCCCCGAGGCCGGCAAGCACCGACUGGAGAAUUUUGUGAAGAACCGCAGCGAAUGGUGUAUCUCGCGGCAACGUGCCUGGGGUGUGCCAAUCCCUGCUCUCUAUCACCGGCCCACUGGCGACGCUGUUUUGACCAAGGACAGCGUGUCACAUAUCAUGAACAUUAUUGAGGAGCGAGGCAUCGAUGCCUGGUGGACAGAUAGCGCUGAUGACCCAGCAUGGCUUCCACCAUCCCUGCGAGAUAACGCUGGAGGCUACCGACGUGGCACUGACACUAUGGAUGUUUGGUUCGACAGUGGUACAAGUUGGUCGGAGAUUGACGUUCCUAUGGAGGGACGCAGCCACCCCGCAGAUGUCUAUCUUGAAGGAAGUGACCAGCACCGAGGCUGGUUCCAGUCCGGUCUCUUGACUUAUAUUGCGCAUCAACUCGCCUCUGGCAAGAAAGGUGUGCUGAGCACGCCUUUCCGCAAUCUCAUCACCCACGGUUUCACUUUGGACGAGCAUGGUCGCAAGAUGAGCAAAUCUAUUGGAAACACCAUCGCUCCCCAGACCAUUAUGGAUGGAACCCUCCUGCCUCCUCUCAAGCCACGUAAGGGCAAGGGCAAGGGCAAGAACCAAGCCGAGAACCAAGUCCCGACCUAUGAUGCACUGGGCCCUGAUGCCCUCCGCAUGUGGGCAGCUAGUAGUGACUACACCCGCGAUGUCGUGAUUGGAAAGCAGGUUCUUCAGACCGUUCACACCAGUCUCCACAAGUUCCGGGUCACGUUCAAGCUUCUCCUGGGCGCAUUGGCUGAUUUCCACCCGGAAUGCAUGGUGCCUUACGGGCAGCUGCAGCAGGUGGAUCGGAUCGCUCUAAAACACCUGUCGGAUAUGGUCCUUUCAUCCCGCAAAUCCUGUGACAACUUUGAGUUCUACAAGGCUGUCAGCAUCAUGAACCGCUGGGCGAACCUUGAGUUCUCCGCCUUUUACAUGGAGGCCAUCAAGGAUCGACUUUAUACCCUGGGCGAGAAUAGCACUAGUCGCCGGGCUGCCCAGACCACUCUCUUCCACAUCUAUCACUACCUCCAAGAAGUUCUAGGUCCCAUUACCCCCCUGCUUGUGGAGGAAACCUGGGAGCACACUCCCAAGGCCAUCCAGUCACUCAGCGAGCACCCCUUACGGCGCAUCUCCUCGGCCCCCGCGUCCGAAUGGCAGGAUUCCACCCUCAAUGACAAUUACCUAGAAAUUGUUGCCGUACACUCAGUGAUCAAGAACUUGCAGGAGCAGGCCCGCGGAAAAAAGCAACUUGGAUCGUCCUUGCAAUCCUUUGUGCACGUGAUUCUCCCCAGUGACACCACAGUAUUCCACCAGUAUCUCUCCGAGCUGCCCGAUCUAUUCGUUGUCUCUUCGGUGACCCUAGGCCACCCUGGGGACUCAGUUCCAGCGGAGAUCUCACAAGCCGAGUGGCAAUAUGAGGAAGCCUGUGAGCUUCCCAAUGGACAAAUGGGACGGGUGUAUGUUUACACCCCUCAAGCUUCCAAAUGCAACCGGUGCUGGCGAUAUGCAGUUCCCGAGCCUGUAGAGGCCGAGAACGCGACCUGCGACCGGUGUGAUGUUGUAUUGGACGAGCUCGAGGCAGCAUCCACAUAA